AUCCCACCAAAUACACAUGUCCCUCUUAAACUGGUUCAACAACAUGCAUAUGGAGGAAAUUGUACUGGAAACACUUUACCAUGUCCAAGUGCGAUUGUUCCAAAUACUUUGACGCCAACCACACCAAGUGACCCUACCGAAGUUACGCCUGCAGUUAAACCUACAGAUAAUUUAUUAAUACCAAUGGUUUCAGGAGGUAUAUUUAUUUUAGGAAUUAUUUUUCUUUUGGUUCUUCUUUGGAAAUGUACUCCUAUUGGAUCUUGGAUUCGUAAUAGGAAGUCAAGAAAAAAAAAAGCAAGAAAAAAGAUUAAGAAAAUAACAAGGGAACCGUUGUUAAUGGAUACAAACAAUAUAAAGAAUGAACCAAUAAAUAAUGAAAAAUGUUCAUUCCUACACCAUGAAAAAGAAAUACCACUUUGUGAUAUGAGUUUGGAAAAUGAAAAAGAUUUGAAGUAUAAACAAAUGAAGAAAUCUAGAGCACAUAAAGGAAACUAUAUGGAAUAUGAAAAAGGAUUGAAGUAUAAACAAACAAAGAAAUCCAAAGCACAUAAAGGAAUGUAUAUGGAAAAUGAAAAAGACUUGAAGCAUGAUAAAAUGAAGAAAUCCAAAGCACAUAAAGGAAUGUACAUGAAGAAUGAAAAAGAUUUGAUGUAUGAACAAAUCCAGAAAUCUAAUGCUCACGAAGAAACGUAUAUGGAAAAUGACAAAGAUUUGAAGUUUGAACAAAUUAAGAAAUCCAAAACACAUGAAGGAACCUAUACGGAAAAUGAAAUAGAUUUGAAGUAUGAAGAAAUAAAGAAAUCCAAAGCACAUGAAGGAAUAUAUAUAGAAAAUGAAAAUAAAUGCAUUCGUCAAGUUGUAGAUGUAUCAAAGAAACACGAAAAUGAAUCGAUGUUGGGAGAAAAAUUAUAUCAUGAUGAUCCUAGAAAUGAAAUUGAAGAAAUUGAAUUUAAUGUAAAUAAAUCUAGAAAUGAAAUUAAAGAUGAAUUAAAUAAAAAUAUAUUAGAAAAAAACCCUGUUCAUAUUGUAUGGCAUAUUAGGAAUGGCACAUUAAAUGAGGAAAAACCAAAUGAAAUAAACUUGCAAAAAGAAAAAUAUACAUGUGAAAAUGAAAUGAAAAAUUUAGAAAAUAAAAGAUCACUUAAUGAUGAAGUACAUAGUUGGAAUACAUGGAUAAAUAUACAUUUGUUAGCAUUACUUGAGUAUAAAAAAGAAGAAUGGAAAUUGAAUAAAAAUGAAUUUUUUAAUAUUUGUUUAGAAGAGAUCGAAAAAGAUGGAGAAAAUUCUAAUUUAAAAGAAAUGGGAAAUAAUUUUGUAAUGAAAAUAAAAGAAGAAAAUAGUACCCGUGCUACAGAUAAAUAUAGUAGUAUAUUAGAGAAAUAUAAAAAUGAAAAGUGGUUUAUUAAUUUGAAGAAAGAGUGGAAAGAAGAACAAGAAAAAUACUUAGGAUAUAUAGAUGAGCAAGAAAUUGAAAAAAUGAUAGAAAUGGGAUUAAAUAAUUUUAUUCUAGGUAAAAAAAAAAAUAUAUGGAAGAUAUGGAUAGAAAGGCAAAGAGAGCUUUCAUACGAAUACAAAAAACAGAAAUGGUUUGUAAAAUUGUUAGAAGAAUAUGAACAAGAAGAAAUUCAUGAAAAUUUAAAGGAAGAAAAUAUAAAGAAAGAAAUAAAUAAUGGAAUAGAUAAAAAUGAAAUGAAGAAAAAUUUGGAAAGGAGAAUUUUUUUAGAUAUUUAUAUGAUGUUAUUAGAGGAAUGUAUAAAAGAAGAGUUGCAAAAAGAAGAAGAAUUUUAUAAAACAAACAUAAUAGAUAUAAGAAAAUUUAAAAAUUUGGACGAAGAAACAAAUAAAUUAGAUAAAAUAGAAAGAGAAAGAAGUUGGAAUGUUAUAUCAGAGAAUAAAAAAGAAGAAAUAGAAAAAUGGAAAAAAGAAAAAUGGUUUAUUGAGUUAAUGUUAGAAUGGAAAAAUAAUGAAGAAAAAUAUAUGAUGGAGAUAAAUGAAGAAAUUUUAGCAAAAAAGGAUCAAGGAAUAGUAAUGGAUAUUAUCUUAGAAAGACAAGGAAUUAUAUUGAAAAAACACUGUGAAAAUAUUUGUAGAAAGUGGAAAGACGAUGAUAACAAUGAAGAAUGGCUUACAAAGUUAGUGAAUGAAUAUGAAAAUGAAGAGAAAGAACAUAAAAGUGGAAUUUAUAAAAAUAGUAUAGAAAAAGAAAAGGAAAAUGAAAAAACCAUAGGAAGAGGUGAAUCAAUACCAGAGAUUAAUAAUAUGGAGGAUGGAAAAAUGAGAAAAUAUGAAAGGAAUCAUUUAGAGGAAUCAUAUGAAAUGAAUAAUUCUAAAAUAAACAAAAAAAAAUUAAAAUGGAAGACAUUAAUAGAAAUAUAUAUGGUAAUAUUGGAGGAAUAUAGAAAAGAGGAGUGGUUAUUGAAUAAAGGAAAAUUUUUAGAAAUCUGUUUAGAAGAAUUUAUAGAAGAAGAUAAAGAAAAAUAUCCAAAACUAAUAGAAAAUGAUUUAGCAAUGAUAGAAGAAGGGGAAGAAGACAUUAGUACAUUGAUGAUUGAGAAACAAAAACGUUUAUGGAAAAAAUGGGUAGAAAGAAACAAAAGAAUGUCAGAAAAAUGGAAAAAAGGAGAAUGGUUUAUUAAUUUGAAAAAAGAAUGGGAAAAAGAACAGGAAAAUUUUGAUGAAUUAACAAAAGAAUCAGAAAUAUCAGAUAUAGAAGCAGGAAAAAAUCCUAUGCUAGAGAAACAAAAAAGAAUAUGGAAACGAUGGCUAAAAAAACAAAGAAUGUGGUUUAUACUACAUAGCGAGGAUGAAUGGUUUAACAAUUUAUUAGAAUAUUUUCUAACAAUAAUCUAUUUUUAUUUUUUGCUCAAUUUCGUGAAACAAAAAAAAAAAUUUUACUGA